AUGGCUCCCAACAGCAAAGAAGCCGCCGCCGAGUGCGUCUCAGAAGAUGCCCUGGUACAUCUCAAGUCGUAUAAAUACUCGGCUGUCGACAAGUCGCCGGUCUCAUAUUACAUCCUUCGACCAUACUGGAACUGGGCUGCAAGUCUACUCCCAGUAUGGAUGGCGCCGAACAUGGUCACGCUCGUCGGCUUCUUCUUCAUCCUGGCCAAUGUUGGGCUCCUUGCCAUCUUCGUACCAGAUCUAAUAGGCCCAGGACCAUCGUGGUUAUACUUCAGCUUCGCACUCGGCCUCUUCAUGUACCAGACCAUGGACAACAUAGAUGGCAAACAGGCACGGAGGACGGGAACAUCGAGCGGUCUCGGCGAGCUUUUUGAUCAUGGCAUCGACUCCCUCAACUGCACCCUUGCCUCGCUCCUUGAGACGGCCGCCAUGGGCCUCGGCACCUCCAAGACGGGCGUCUUCACUGCGCUGUGUCCCUGUAUCCCUAUGUUCUUUUCCACGUGGGAGACAUACCACAGCCACACGCUCUACCUGGGUUUCAUAAACGGACCGACCGAGGGCCUGCUCAUCGCGGCAUCCAUAAUGGCCCUGUCAGGAGUCUACGGCCCGCAGAUUUGGACAACACCCGUUGUCAAGGUUCUGGGAAAAGAAUACACCUUCGGUUACGAGGACCAAUUGGGCGAUCUUGCCGUGCGCGACGUCUGGGCACUGACAAUUAUAGGAGGAUUGUUCGUCCAUGUGCCAGGAUGCAUCAAGCACGUGGUUGAGGCGCGCCGCAGACAGAAGCUGCCCAUCGCACCUGUCUUCCUCGAGUGGACCCCAAUGGCGGUGUACACGUUCUCCAUUGGAUUUUGGCUUUACAGCCCCUUUUCCACGCUACGUCGUGAGAACCACCUUGUCCUGUUUUGCCUGACCAUGAGCUUCGUUUUCGGUCGCAUGACAACCAAGAUGAUCCUCGCGCACCUGACGCGCCAGCCUUUCCCCUACUGGACCGUUAUGCUGUUCCCACUGGUGGGCGGCGCUAUUUUGGGUAACUUGCCACGCUUUGGACUGCCUGCGGUCACAGCCGAGGUAGAAACAGCGUACCUAUACGGCUAUUUUGUCUUCGCAAUGAUCGUCUACUUCAGAUGGGCUUUCCUAGUGACUGGCUCCAUCUGCGACUACCUGGGCAUCAGAGCUUUGACGGUGCCUCCUGAGAAGAUCGCGGAGACCAAGAGAAGAGAGCAGGCGGAGAGGAGAGGUGAAGUGGCGAAUGGCACCGUCAUGAAUGGGAAGAAGGCGCAAUAG